AUGAAGUUAGAUGGACUCCUUCCAGACUCAGAGGAUGAUGAGCAGCUCGAAGAGAGGGAAUGCUUUGAAAACAAAUAUUAUGCUAUCAUAGCUCAAGCCGAGUGCAUCUUGGGCACUGAGUCCGUGCCAUCUACUAACCUAAGAUCCCUGAAGUUACUAGGCGAGCCCACAGAACAUUGGGACACACUUAUAAUUUACAUGGUUGUGUCAAAACUAGAUGACUCAACGGAGCGAGCGUGGGAAAAACAUAGGAGUGAGUUAGGAUUAGGCGAACAACAGAAGGACGGCAAAGUGGUAGUACAGUCUGAGGUGGAGCGCGCUUGCCAAGAAGACUUUGUCCUAAAUACUAGGCGCGAUCCUCAGGGACGAUUUAUUGUUAAAAUACCAUUCAGCGAGUCUCCCACCUUACUAGGUGACUCGUAUACACAAGCAUACAGGCGUUUAGUCGCUCUGGAAAAACGACUUUCUCGUUCAACAAAUUGCGCGCAGCUAUACAAGGCUUUUAUUGACGAAUAUAUUAGCCUGGGGCACAUGGAUCGUAUACACGAUUUUCCAACUCCACAUUACUUCAUGCCACACUUCUGUGUGUUUAACGAAAAUAGUACCACAACAAAAUUACGCGUCGUUUUCGAUGCAAGCGCCAAAUCCACCAGUGAUAAAUCCCUAAAUGACUUACAAAUGGUUGGCCCACCUAUUCAAGGUGACUUAUUUGCAAUUUUACUGCGGUUUCGUGAAAAUGCCUACAUAGCUUGCGCCGAUAUAGAAAAAAUGUACAGGCAGGUCUUAAUAGAUGUCAGUCAGCGUGACCUUCAACUUAUCCUAUGGCGUUCUAAUCCUGCGGCUCCAUUGGAAAUUUAUAGGCUGAACACGGUGACGUACGGGACGGCAUCGGCACCUUUUCUUAGCGUUCGAUGCUUACGGCAGUUGGCUAUGGAAUGCAAUGAUGUGGAUGUAAAGCGAAUUAUUACACAUGAUUUCUAUGUUGAUGACAUGAUAACAGGGUCGGACGAUAAAGAUGAAUUGUUAAAGUUAUGUGAAAAGACAGCGAACGUUUUAUCUACAGGAUGUUUUCCACUUCGAAAGUGGGUCUUUAAUUUCAAAAACGAUUCUUUACCGUCGUCUCAUACGCUCAAAGAUUUGUCUUUAGGAGAACCAGGAAUCGGAUUGACUUAUCCUCCUCAAUCAAAGACGUUGGGAUUGAGUUGGAUAAGUCAAUCCGAUCAACUUAACUAUCAAUCUAAAGUUCGAUUACCUUCAACUAAAAUUACUAAACGCGUGAUUUUGUCUACGAUUUCACAGAUUUUUGACCCUUUAGGUCUAUUAAGCCCUACUAUCAUGACCGUCAAAAUUCUGUUACAAAGACUGUGGCUACUUAAAACUGACUGGGAUACGCAAUUGCCAGAAGAGGUAGCUGACGAAUUUAAAAGGUUUCUUAGUAAUUUAGACGUGCUUAGCUGUUUAAGAAUACCGCGUCAUACGUUUACUAAGCACCACAUACGCGCGGAAUUGCACAUAUUUACCGACGCCUCGCAAAAGGCAUAUGGGGCGUGUGCAUAUAUACGCACAUUAACACAAAAUGGCAGCGUAUCGGAAGGUCAGUACUAG